AUGUACCGGAACCCGUGGAUUUCUAAUGACCUGAGCCAUGCCAAGUUCUGCAGGGAAGGAUUCACAAGUGACAGGCUUGGCAAUACCAGAUCGCUACAGAAGCGAGCUCUCAGCUUUCAAAAAGAAUUCUCCAUCGAUGACAAAGGUGACCCAGCCAAAGUUACGAAGGAUAUAGAUGUUAGUCUCCUGACUAAUCUCAGCAAAGUGUCCGAGUUGAGGAAAAGAUUCGAAGGCGUUACCACAAGCAAAAGUGACUGUGAAAUGAACAGAAAAGAGCGUAUCGCUCGACGACUGGAAGGCAUUGAGGGUGAGGUGCAUCCAUCUCUUCUCCCCAAUUUAGUAGCCAAUCGACUUCUAGAAGAAGAUACGCCGCGAUAUACCAGAGCUUCUGACCCCUGCGAACCCUUUCCAGUGCCAAGGUAUGGAACAGAAGGAAUUGAAAAUCCAGAUAUGCAGCCCAUGGUUCCUGAGCGACAGUCCAGAACUCAAUGCAGAUUUGAUCCUAAAGCCAUCAAUCACACUGAUCACGUCCACACUUCAUCAUCCACUGCCAGAGCUGCUCCAGAGCUGGAGUCCAAAGCUGAACGAAUUGCCCGCUACAAGGCAGAGCGCCGUCGGCAGCUCGCUGAGCGUUAUGGCAUCUCUUUGGACCUAGAGCCAGACAUGGAUAAUCCAUCUCGGUAUACUCGCCCUCUGAAAGAAUCUGAAUGCUCCGAAACGCGUAAAAAAGCGGAUCUUGAUCAAGAGCAAAGCGCUAUCACCAUGAAUUCCUGCGCUUCCACCAGUAGCCCUAAGAGAGGGCAAACUGCACCACAACAUGGCUAUCCGGAGAGCAGCUAUGAAACCAGUCGAAGCAGAGUCGACUCAUUUUCAGAGAGGGAGAGACUUAUGAACCUGGAGAAUCAACGCAGGGCAGGUGCUGCAGAGCCAUCCACUUACAUGGAUGUCACAUCAUUGUCCUCCAGCGCCAGGGUGCCUGCUAAGGACAGCGCAGUCACAGGCGUGCCACUAAGCUCACCCAAGAUGAGCAAACGUCCUUCUCUCACCUCGCCUAAACAUGGAGUGUCGCCCGGUGACCUCUUUAUCGAGCAACAGGCCCAUAACAUACUCAACAGACAAGGUACAAGGGCAAAACUGUGCCCUGAUUGGUUCCUCGAGACUGAUGCUGAUGGCGACACCCACUCCUUAAUCAACUGGCCCUCGAGAAUUAGAGUUAGGGAAAGGCUUGCAAAGGAGGAUGGUCGUCAGAAGAGCCCGGAGCGGGGACGUAUCGCAGAAGCUCCAACAUACCGCCGACAAUAUCAGCACCAGACAUCUGCGCGUUACAGCACAGACCCAUCGAUCCCUCAGCACAACCACUCCCAUCAUCCCCAAGCUCAGUUCUCUCAAUCUGGGUCCGGACCAGACACUGUUGGUUACCCCAGUUAUCUGUCCAUGACCACCGGUGCUCCAGAUGAAGAAAGUGAGGAGACAGGUGGCAUUAGAACCGAAGGCCUCCUGCGUAGUAGGAAAGCAGUACUACCCUCAGAGGUCCGCCGCAGGGAGAGAAGCACCGAGGACCCGUGUCGCGGAAGAGGAGAAGAAGAGAUCAGAACCUCCAAAGUGUAUACUGAGGGUGAAGAUCCUGCGAGAAGAGGUCACAGAGGCCGAGCAAGAUGGGCAACAGCUGAGCCUUUCAACCAGAAACAAGAAACAAGCGGCAGGUUCAGAGAGCGUGAAAAUGCAAUUUACGUCUACAAAGGCAUGUCUGCAUCUCACAUCCAACCAAAAGCGACACAGGCACACCCAGGAGGAGGCGCCGUCCCAGAUUCGAAUGGUCGAGAGCGAAGUGAUAGGAGCUCGCAGCAUCCACAGGAGCUUAAAACAAGUCACCAGGACAGCCGUGUGUCUGUGGCCCAGCUCCGAAAUUCUUACCUGGAUAGCUCCACCUCGUCUCCGAACAGACGCAGAACUGAACUGUAGGUGGAAAAACCGGCUUGGUGAUCAGGCUCCCAAGCCCCAUGCAGGGGGCAGAGGGACAGGGGGCGUAGACCCCUUCAGUAUAUCUAUCCAGGGGAGUGUAGAAAGACAUCAGGGCGGUUUAGGACGCAGCCCAUCACCUCUUCUGAGCGCCAGGAGACAGAUAGGACCUGUGUGGGUGCUGAGCUGGCUUCCAAUGAAGCAGCGGAUGAAGAGAAGCUUGACGAACGAGCUAAACUGAGCGUAGCUGCCAAGCGGUCGCUUUUCAGGGAACUGGAGAAAAACAUUGGAAGUGGUAAACCCCGAUCAAGGAAUGCUGCAGUGGACCGGAGGCUGAGGCGAACACAGGACCGGUCUAGAACUCAACCGGUCACCACUGAGGAAGUUGUCAUCGCCGCCACUGCCCCCACUCACGUGCCACAGACUGUGAGUGUUCACACAGCUGUGGCGCGCCUGUCUAGCCCCACCCUUGUUUGCAGCGCCCUCCCUGCAAGCAGUCUGCAGGCAUCAUCAUAUCACAGCACUACCACCCGGGAGCAGGCGCCAAAGGCUGAGCGAGCAUCACUUGCACAAGAGACUCAGAACUGCCAGCAGGUCGCUCCAAUGGAGGAACAAUCGCAGGCCCAGGAGGAGCCUGAUCUCUGCACACUCAGCCUAGCAGAGAAGAUGGCGCUAUUUAACAGGUUGGCUCAACCCCCCACCAGGGUUACUCGAACCAGGGGCGACACCCGACAGCGAAGGAACAACGCUCGCUAUCAGACGCAACCCAUCACUCUGGGGGAUAUGGAGCAGGAGUCUUCAGAUGUAGACAUCCAAGAUGAACAGGAGCAAUGCGAGAAGCUGGUAGAACUCAACCAACUUCAAAACGGCACAGGCGCUCGGUUCGAACACCUCCCUUCUUCCUUAUCCUCUGCGCUAAGAGACGACGGCACUGUAUCCACUGACCACGCAGGAGACAUUCAUUUAACUAGGGUGCCAGCUCCGGUUGAAGCUGCACCUCUCAGCGCUGACGGGCUCCACCUCGACUCUCAAGCCAAGAGGCCCCACGACCCUUUGGACCACCGUGAUCCGCCUUAUCGAGCGUCGCGACAUGCGGCGGAAGGAACAGACCAGGCAGGGGGGAAGAGGAGGCUGCCCUCUCCAGAUGGAGCAGUCAGGCAGGCGACUCUGCCUCAGCCAAACACUGGAAGAGAGCGAAAGGAGGAAGAGGAGGAGCAGUGGCCAUCCAAAGAGAGGCUUGAUGAAAACAUGCAAAACUUAAACUGUCACACGUUGCUGGAAAGACGGGAACAAAAGAGUUAUCCGAGGGAGGAAGUGCACCACGUUGCCUGCCAGAGGAGAAAAACAUUCAGUGGAGAGCUGCCCGAGCCCACUUAUGUGAGGACCAGAGCGGCAUCUGCCUCAUCUAGGAGUGUAUGCCAGCCUCCAGAAGCAGACACGCACUCUGAUUACAAGGAAUUUACAACCGAACUGGAGGACGAGAUGUGUGACACUAUGACAGCUAAACAUAUGUCCAUCAAACAGAGGGGUUGUUGUUUUGGAGGCCUUCGGGAUCUGUUCAAUAUCAAGGAAAAAAUGGCUUUGCUGAAGAAGAGCGGUGAGGAUGACUGGAGGAACAGGAUCAAUAAGAAGCAGGAUGCAGUGAAGGUUGCCGUGGGUGAUCAGAACGCUCAUCUGUGGGAGGUGGAGCAGAACUUCAAGAAGAAGAGAAUCACUGAGGCUGCGAUGGAGUCUCAGAGGAUUGAGGCCCAGAGGUCCAUCCAAGAGAGGAAAGAGCAGAUCGAAGCUCAAGAGGAGGCCUGGAAGUCGAAAGGCCACGGAGCUGCAAAUGAUUCCACUCAAUUCACGGUGGCUGCACGCAUGGUGAAGAAAGGGUUGGCUUCCCCUGCUUCCAUGCAAUCUUCAUCACCAUCGUCGUCGUCUUCAUCUAAACCCAAGAACAGUAGCCUUGCCAUCUCCAAACCACAAGAAGAGAUCAAGGCAAUACCGGAUCUGAACCUGGAGUCAGACAGGAAACUGGAAAAGCUCGAGUCAUUCCUCGGCAAGAUCAAUAGUAAAGCAGUGCUGCCUGAGGCUACUGUCACAGUAACAGAGAAGAAGGUGAAAGAAGUCAUGAACUUGGAAGAUGAAACUUUUUCCAAGUUCUACCGCCACAUAGAAGAGCCGCUUACUACCACUAACAGGGUGGCUGUAGUCGACGACUUUGACGCCAUCUUCGGGCCACAAACUCCAAAGCUGCUGUCAGACAUGGUGCAGCACAAGCGAGCGGUGCGCCCGACGCGUAAUGUUCAAGCGUCGAAGAACCCGUUAAAGAUGCUUGCCGCGAGGGAUGACAUCAGACACGAAUACAUUGAGCAACGCCUUAAUGUCGGUUUACUGGAGAGCAGGAGGAUGAAGGCUGAGAAAAUGAACAAGAACUGCGAUUUAUCUGAUGUGGCCCUAGCUGGUCUUGCCAGCAAAGAGAACUUCAGCGAUGUUAACCUGCGCAGUGUAAACAUCUCUGAGCAGAUGUCCAACAACAGUGCCGUGCCGUACAAGAAACUGAUGCUCUUGCAGAUUAAAGGCCGCCGGCACAUCCAGACCAGGCUAGUGGAGCCAAGAGCAUCUUCACUGAACAGCGGUGACUGUUUCCUCCUCAUUACUCCUCAUCACUGCUUCAUCUGGACAGGAGAGUUUGCCAACGUCAUUGAGAAGAGCAAGGCUUCAGAGUUGGGCAACUUCAUUCAAAGCAAAAGAGAUCUGGGUUGCCGUGCCGACUAUGUACAGGUCAUCGAGGAAGGCGUCGAUACCCACAGCCAUGCCGCCAAGGAGUUUUGGAAGAUCCUUGGAGGCCAGUCUAGUUACCAGUCGGCGGGAACACUGGAUGAAGAUGAGCUUUAUGAGGGCGCCAUUGUGGAGACCAAUUGUAUUUACCGUCUGAUCGACGAUAAGCUGGUACCGGAUGAUGAUUUUUGGGCCAAGAUACCCCGUUGUUCCUUACUCAAACCAAAAGAGGUUCUGGUUUUCGACUUUGGCAGUGAGAUGUACAUUUGGCAUGGGAAGGAGGUAACACUGCCUCAGAGGAAGGUAGCCUUCCAGCUGGCCAAACACCUGUGGAACGGAACAUUUGACUACACAAAUUGUGACAUCAACCCGCUCGAUCCCGGAGAGUGCAACCCACUCAUCCCGAAGAAAGGCCAGGGCCGACCUGACUGGGCAUUGUUUGGAAGACUCACUCAUCACAAUGAAACGACUCUGUUCAAAGAGAAGUUCGCAGACUGGUGCGACUCCAGGACAAUACCCAGCCCCAUUCAAACAAGCAACAAUUACAUCAAUGAUCUAAAGGAGCACUCCACAGAUCAGCCCCACGCGUACGACGCCACCCUAAUGAUGCCCCUCCACGAGGCGCCCAUCUGCACUAUAGUGGAUGGUUUGAAUGUGGGGCGGGGCUACGGAUUGGUAGAAGCUGAUGACUGGCGCUGCUACGAGGUCAGCACGCUCGGCGUGGAGGUGUGGCACAUCCUGGAGUUCGACUACAGCCGACUGCCGCGACAAAGUAUCGGGCAGUUCCAUGAGGGCGAUACCUAUGUGGUCAAGUGGAGCUACAUGGUCAGCACCGCAGUUGGGAAACGGCAAAACCCUGAGCAGCUGAAAACGGCAGGACCCGGGAAAGAGAAGUGCUGCUACUUUUUCUGGCAAGGUCGCAACUCCACCAUCAGCGAGAAAGGAACGUCUGCGCUCAUGACUGUUGAGUUGGAUGAGGAGCGAGGAGCGCAGAUUCAAGUCCUGCAGGGAAAAGAACCGCCGUGUUUCCUGCAAUGCUUUAAAGGGAGGAUGAUCGUCCAUGCAGGGAAGAGAGAAGAGGAGGAGGAAACCUUGCAAAAUGACUGGCGUCUGUACUGUGUACGUGGGGAAGUGGAGGUUGAGAGCCAUCUCGUGGAGGUCGAGUGCCAUUGCAGCAGCCUGCGCUCCAGAGUCUCCAUGGUGCUGCUAAGCGUCAGGCAGUCCCUUAUCUACCUCUGGCACGGCUGCAAGUCGCAACCACACACACGGGAGCUGGCGCACGCCACUGCCAGCAAGAUCAAGGAGCAUUGCCCUCUGGAAGCCGGCCUCCACAGUAGCAGCAAGGUGACCAUACGGGAAUGCGAUGAGGGUGCGGAACCUCAAAGAUUUUGGAAAGCCCUCGGAAGGAGAGAUAGGAAAGCAUACGACUGCAUGCUACAAGAUCCAGGCAGGUUCAACUUCACACCACGUCUAUACCAGCUUAGCAGUACUUCGGGGGAUUUUUUAGCCGUGGAGUUUCUCUACCCAGCCAGAGACCCUCAGCAGGUCAAUUCCAUGCCUUUCUUGCAGGAGGACCUUUAUUCUGCCUCCCAGCCAGCAUUGUUCCUGGUGGAUAACCACCACGAAGUGUAUUUGUGGCAGGGUUGGUGGCCUCAGGACAGCGAAAGCACCGGCUCCGCCCGAAUCCGCUGGGAUUCGGACAGGAAGUGUGCAAUGGAGACGGUGCUGCAGUACUGUCAAGAAAAGAAUCCGAAAAAGGCUCCGAAGGCGUAUCUGAUCCACGCCGGCCUAGAGCCGCUCACCUUUACCAACAUGUUCCCCAGCUGGGAGCACCGGGAGGACAUCGCUGAGAUCACUGAGCGGGAGGCCGAGGUGUGUAACCAGAUCAUCCUGGUGGAAGAUGUGUUAGCCAGACUAUGUCAGACCACAUACCCGCUGGAAGAUCUCCUGGCCCGGCCGCUGCCCGAGGGCGUUGACCCCCUCCGCCUGGAAGUCUACCUCUCAGAUGAGGACUUUCAGGGUGUUGGAGCUUGCGGAAAGAAAGGUUUGGACAUGACGAGAGAAGAUUAUGCCAGUUUGCCUGCGUGGAAGCAGGUGAACUUGAAGAAAACCAAAGGGCUUUUCUGA